CGAACUGCCAGGGCGUGGCUAGUUGUGAUUGGAUGAUAUCAAUUGAUGUUCUAGUCAAACUCGAAAAGCCCAUGUGGUGAUUGCGUUCUUAUAAAUUUCAAACACUUGUCUUUCUUGCUGCAGUCAGCCGCAGAGAGAGAGAGAGAGUUCUGCCAUUGGCGUCUCUGCUUCUUUCUUCGGAGAUAACGAAGAGAAAUCUUUCAGGUAGAGAGAGAGGGAGAAAAUGGCUGUGGAGGCGAAGACGAAGGGGUCGCCGCACCGGUGGUGGUUCGACAGCUACAACCACCACAAAGACACCGCCUCUCCUAAACGCUCGCCGUGGCUCCAAUCCACCCUUUCUGAGCUAGAUGAGAAAACAAAGGCUAUGCUUAAUAUCAUCGAGCAAGAUGCGGAUUCAUUCGCCCAACGAGUAGAGAUGUACUACAAGAAGAGGCCAGAGCUAAUUAGCAUGGUGGAGGAUUUUUACCGGGCCCAACGUUCACUGGCAGAGCGAUACGAUCAAGUCAAGUCCGAUGCUGGAUUUCGCCUCAUUUCCCCUUGGGCAUCUCCAUCCCCACUGUCUUCCAAAUUCCGGAAAGAGAAGAUGUCGGUGAUGACUUGCACUGAGAUAUCCUAUGAUAGUUACUCUGAAACCUACGACCCCGUGGAAUCCGUGGAGUCCGAGGUUGAUGAUCCUGAACCAGAAGAAGGAGAAGAAGAAGAAAAGGAGGAGGAAGAAGAGGAAGUAUCGAGCGAGUUUGUAAGUGGUGAAGUGAUGAAGCUUAGGGAAGAGAUUGAGAGACUCAAGGAAGAGAACAAGAUUCAAAAGGAGGAAAUAGCAGAGAAAGAUGAAGAGAAAAGAGAGGUCAUAAGACAGCUGAGUUUAGUUAUGGAUGUGCUCAGGGAGGAGAAUGUGAAGCUGAAGAAGUGUAUUGCUAGAGAAUCUCCAAAGAAAUGGAGCCCGCACUCUGAUUUCCAAAAGUUGACAGGAAUGUUUAUGGGGAAGUUGUUCAACGGGUCUCCCAAAUGAGAAAGUUAUUCAGCGCGCUUUGUCCAAACACCCCUCAACACCAUCACCAUGUAUUUCGUGAAAUGCCUCUAUAUAUACUUUUACGGUAAGCUGCACAAAAGUGUGCGGUGCUGAGAGGUGUUUAUCGAUCAGUGCAUUGCUAGUGUCUUCGCUCUUUAGGUGUAGAUCACAGCUAGUAAGUAGUACAUUAAUAGUAACCAGAAGAGAUACAGUUCAGCAGUUUAUGUUUAGAGUUAAGAGUUGAUUAGGUACCAUAUAUCUAUUAUUUGUAGUAUUCUUUCAGUUCUGAUAUUGAGGAGUAUGGUUGUGGACAAAUUUCUAUGAAUCUAUUGUGAUUACUUAUGCGAAUUUGCGAAGUCAUCCUCUCAUUUUUGCCAAAAGUAUAAGAGAAAAAAUUGGAGUACCUUGUUUUUUUGAAUGAAAUGUGGAAGCCAUUUUCCCAGACAAAAUACAGUAUUUGUUGCUUUAGGAGACCUCAUCGAACUAAUUAAAGUACUCUCUCAGGCACAAAAACACACGUGGAUAGUUUCAGGAAAAAGAGCAAAGGGUUUCUAUUCUUUUGCAUGGUCCUAAUUAUGGAUUCAUCAAGAUCGUCCUGGGUGGAGCCCUCUCCUAAUAUGGUUCAUGAUUGUGAGACUGACUGGCUUAAGGAAGAAUUAGCCCAUUUCAGAUGCCAUUAACUCAAAAUAUCUUGAUUGUCUACUUGUUUGUUUGUCUGUCUGUUUGUGACAAAUUCUGAGAGCUGAUUAUGGGAUUUUGGCUUCUAAACACCUACAGCGGAGUGUUUGCUAUAGAUUAUAGAAGCAGCUUCUAAAAAUCAACAGUUUUUUUAAGCUAUUUUAAAGUCCAAAAGCUGAAUUUUGAGAAGCUACGAUUCUGAUGCUUUUACAGAUUCUAAGAUGUAAACUGGGUAAUGAUAAAAGUAUUCAUUUCCAUUCUAAUAAUUACCCUAUGGUCAAGGACAAAAUAGACUAAUUCACAUCAAAAAAUUUAUUUUGUAAUUUUUACAUCAAACACUACUAUUCAGCUUCUAUAACAUUUACUAAUUCACAAUCCAAAACUGCAAACACUCUUCAUAACUUCUCUAGAAUUUAAAAAUCUGAAAUUUGGAGCAGAAUCAACAAUCGAAAAUCUAAGAAAAAACUAUUGCAAACACCCCUUAGUUUUGUUUGUUUUUCCGGCCUUCUCUGCUUCCCUAGGAUUGUGCAAUCGUUGUAUAGUUCAGUCCUAAAAUCAAAUUGAUAAAACAUUUAAACAAACAUCGCCAUCAUAUUGAACUAAUUAAAGUACAUUUAAACAAACUCCAUUUUCGCCAAAAUAUAAGAGAAAAAAUUGGAGUUACCUUUUUUUUUUAAAUGAAACGUGGAAGCCAUUUUCCCAGACAAAAUAUUUGUUGCUUUAAGAAACCUCAUUGAACUAAUUAAAGCACAAAAACAAAUGUGGAUAGUUCCACGAAAAAGAGCAAAGGGCUUCUUUUCUUUUGCAUGGUCCUAAUUAUGGAGUCAUCAAGAUCAUCCUGGGUGGAGUCCUCUCCUAAUAUGCUUCAUGUUGUGAGACUGAUUGACUUAAGGAAUUAGCCCACUUCAGUUGGGAUUAACUCAAAAUAUCCUGAUUGUCUACUUCUGUUUGUGAAAAUUCUGAGAGCCAAUUAUGGGAUUUUGGCUUCUGAAAACAUGCAGUGGAGUGUUUGCUAUAGAUUCUAGAAGCAGCUUCUAAAAAUCACCAGUUUUUUGAAGCUAUUUUAAAGCCCAAAAGCUGAUUUUUGAGAAGCUACGAUUUUGAUGCUUUUACAUAUUCUAAGAAGAUGUAAACUGCGUAAAGACAAAAAUAUUCCUUUCCAUUCUAAUAAUUAUCUCAUGGUCAAGGACAAAAUAGACUAAUUCACAUAAAAUAAAAUAAAACCUAUUUUUUAGUAACUUUUACAGCAAAUACUACGUUUAGUCAACUUCUAUAAUAUUUAAUUCACAAUCCAAACUGCAGUAAACACUCUUCAUAAUUACUUCUCUAGAAUCUGAAAACCAAAGCUGAAUCAACAAUCAAUAAUAGAAAAUCUAAGAAAAAACUAUUGCAAACACCCUUCAUUUUGUUUUGUUUUUAGGCCUUCUCUGCUUCCCUGGGAUUGUGCCAUCUCCUUGAUAAAAUACACAUACCAAAUCACUAAGUUCAAACAAUGCCAUACACCUCACGGUCCCACCAACAGUGUUAGACAAAGAAAAUAGAUAAAUAGAAACUAGAACCAUAUAACAAUUGCCACAUACCACAACAGCUGCAGAAAUUGAGUAAUAGCCUUUACAAACCAGAAAGCUGCAAUAGUAACCAGAAAACCAUAAAACCCAUGAACGAGAUUGAAACCAGAGAGCCAGAUGGGGCUAUGGCAACUGAGGAUGGACCUGGUGUGGGCUCAGAUGGAGCAAAGCCUAUGCUAAGCGCAGGAGCAAAGCCCAUUUGGUCCGGAUUUGGUGGGCUUGGGCUGGAAGGAAUGGUGGGGAUUGAAGAGGGCUGAGAUGGAGAGGGUCCAUGAUCACCACCAGGGGUAGGAAAGAGUGGAGUGAUGUCUGGAGGUAAGGUUGGAGGUGAGGAGAGAGGAGGAAUUGGUAGAAAUGAAGGUGCAGAUGAAAUAGUGGAAAUGGGCAAGGCUAGUAGUAGUGAAGAUGAUGAGAAGCAGCCCAAGCCCAUAAGUAGUACAGUAAUGGGUACAACAAAUGUUAAAAAUACUGGGGCAGCCAUUAUAUGAUGAUGAUAUUGGUGAGAGAGAGAGAGAGAGAGAGAGAGAGAGAGAGAGAGAGAGAGAGAGUUGGGAGAGGAGGAAUGAAGAGGAGAGUGGUGGUGAGC